CAUUCAGUUGAGUUGAAUGUUAAGUUCAAGUUGAAGGGAAAAUCGUUUCAGGUUGCUCUAGACGGGUGUGUAUGUUUUUUUGGUGUGUGUCCUUUUUUCGGUGUAUUCUUUUGGGUUUACUUAACCUUGUGCCUUGUGCCCAGGAAAAUAGAUUUUCCACAUUUUUGUGAUUGCAAAGUGAUAGCCGAAUAUUGUGUGGAAAUUGUGCAAAUUGAGUGAAAAGACCGCAAGAAACAGCCGUGUGACGGUGGUAAAACCAUCGACUGUUGACAUCAAAUUCUGGAUUGAUUUUGCUCACAAAAAAGAUUUCCAUUAUGGUUACCAAAUUUGACUAGUCAUAAACCAUAAAAAAUUCAAUCAAUCAUGGAGGGGAAAAUGUUUCUUCCGGUUAAGCCGAAUGUAUCGCCGGUAAACGGUACCGAUGAUAUAACGGUUACAAGUAAUUCAACGCAAACACCAAGUGACCUGAGCCCGAAAAUCGAAGGCGAUAUAUUACCUCAGGCACAUCAUCAAAAUCCCGGACACUGUGUUGCUUCGUUUGCGGCCAUAAAUCGUAUGCGACAGAAUGCACAGUUGUGCGAUGUAAUUCUAGAAGUUGGUGACGAAACCAUAAAUGCUCAUAAAGUGGUGCUUGCCUCCGUUAGUCCAUAUUUUUAUGCAAUGUUCAAUGACGAUAUGUUGGAACGAAAUAGCGUCAGCAUCACACUGCAUGAUGUGGACAUCGCAGCGUUGAGGCAACUCAUCGAAUAUACGUAUUCGGGUGAGAUUACCAUAACGGAGGACAAUGUUCAGGUUCUGUUGCCGGCAUCCAGCCUGUUACAAAUUCAGUCGGUUAGAGAGGCUUGCUGUAAAUUUCUUCUCAGACAGUUGCACCCGUCGAAUUGCCUGGGCAUUCGAAGCUUUGCAGAUGCUCAUUCAUGCAAGGAACUUCACAGUCGAUCCCAUAAGUAUGCUUUGCAGAACUUUCAACAAGUGGUUGGCACCGAGGAAUUUUUAUUGCUACCAUUCAGUCAGGUCAACGAUUUGAUAUCAAACAAUCAGCUGAACAUCUGCUCGGAAGAGAAAGUAUUUCUGGCUGUCCUCAAUUGGAUCAAACACGACCUGACUGAACGGCAAAAGCACAUUUAUGAGUUGAUGAGUCACGUACGUCUUCCCUUAGUUAGUCGAGAGUUUCUUAUGUCUUGUGUUGACUCUGAAAGCCUCAUUCGCGACGAUUCCGAAUGCAAGGAGCUACUGCUUGAGGCCAUGAAAUAUCAUCUGCUGCCGGAGCAAAGAAGUCUGAUGAACACACAACGAACCAGCGAGAGGCGACCGGAUGGAAUGAAACCAUACGUGUUCGCCGUCGGUGGUGGAAGCUUGUUUGCCAUUCACAACGAAUGCGAGUGCUACAAUCCCAGAACGAAUACUUGGAUUCCCAUCACUCCAAUGCUAUGGCGACGUUCCCGUUCGGGUGUGACCUCGUUGCGGAAGCUUCUUUAUGUUGUCGGCGGCUAUGACGGAGUAGCCGAUCUAUCAACAGCCGAAUGCUACAAUCCGUUGACGAAUAACUGGACGAACAUCACACCGAUGGGUACAAAGCGAUCGUGUCUUGGCAUAUGUGCCUUCGAUGGUCUGUUGUAUGUUUGCGGCGGAUAUGACGGUGCAUCGUGUUUAAGUUCCAUGGAGCGAUACGAUCCGUUGACCGGCGUUUGGACUUCAUGUCCAGCUAUGAGCACGAGACGGCGGUACUGUCGACUAGCUGUUCUGGACGGAUGCAUUUACUCGUUGGGCGGAUUUGAUUCGACAAAUUAUCAGGCAUCAGUCGAACGAUUCGAUCCCAGAGUCGGUCGUUGGACUCCCGUUCCGAAUAUGACGUCACGUCGCAGUAGCUGCGGUGUAGCCUCACUGGACGGCGAUCUAUAUUGCAUUGGUGGCAAUGAUGGCACCAUGUGCAUGUCGAGCGGUGAACGGCUCAACAUACGACGCAACGCAUGGGAACCCAUAACGGCUAUGCAUUCGAGACGAUCCACUCACGAAGUCAUCGAAGUCGAUGGAUUUUUGUAUGCUCUGGGUGGUAACGAUGGUUCGUCGUCACUGAAUUCGGUGGAAAAGUACGAUGCACCGCAAAACAAAUGGACCAUUGUGUCGUCAAUGGUGACCAGACGGAGUUCGGUGGGAGCGGCCGUUUUGGAAUGCUUCAAUCUGGAACGUGGCUUGGUGCAAACGACCAAUUUAUGACCUUUAACCACGAUUCCGGAAAGUGUGACCGGAACAACGACCAAUAACGGGUCAUAACAGGAGAUUCAGUUUUUUAGCAUAUUUAGCCGGUGAGAAUGGGGAAUGGGAAAGUGGUGAGGACGGAAUGGAAAUGGCAUGACGGGGAUGAGCAAUUCGUUUUUCUUUCGGAAAGUGUUUAGUGUCGUCGAUAUCGUUGAGAAUGAAGACGAAGCAGCGUGUGGUCUAAAAAUCCAAUAUCCCGCAUUUCUUACGUAGAUGUCCUGUCGAUGUAAGUAAAAUUUACAUUUCCGCACAGACCCAUUUCUACGAUGGAUCAAACGCUCUGUUGCGGCAUCUAACCUCAAAUUUAAAUUUCUUUUAUUCGUCCUGUGUCCUGUCGUAUUCUCUUCACAUCUCUUGUAAUUUUCCGAAGAUUCACUUGCUUAAGUCUAGUCACUGAGGGAUAAUUCAAUAAGUGCUCAGUCCAAUGGGAAGAGACGGAUCUCACUGAGAAGACAACGGAUACUUCGUGCUGCUCGUCGCCAUUUCGUUCAAAGGACCAUUACCCCCACUGUCUGGCUCUUACAUUCCUUUGGAUUAAAAAGUAGAAUUUGAACUUAAAAAGUCAAGAGAUUUGCCCAAAAAAAAAGUUUCGAAUUUAAAGGAGUCAGACAGUCUCGACUGGACAACAAUGAUUCUUGGACUGGCUAACGAUCAAAUUAUCCAUUCUUACCACAUUUAGUAAAUAACCGAAAUUCAACAAAACUAAAAAAAUCGCAGGAGUCGUCACAAUUUCGCUAUCAUUUCUACCUCCGGACCCUGUGAUUCCUAUCAAUGAAAUUACUUGAAGGAAUGCGAUAGGCAGAUAAUCUCAUACAACUUUUCUGCACGUACAAACAUCUAGUGAAUCGUUAAAAAAUGAAAACAGAAAAUUUUACCAACAACCGUCGAGCAUGCUAACAAAAAUGGGCGCUGUGAUAGCCAUUACGCUCGUUCAAUCCAACCCAGUGUAUAUAAAAUUGAAAUUGGAAUGUAUUUCCGUUGAAAACGUAUGUACCUUUAGGAGUGGUAUCUGUACCGGUUAGCGGAUACUUCGAGGCAUGCUCAGCAAGACAAUACCGAAAAUGACUGAUGGGUGAAUUGGAGUGGGCCUUGAACAUUCUGAUGAUGGGCUAUGAAAUUAUGAAAUUAUUCAAUUAAUAGAAACGUUGCGCUUAAUUCAUAAAUCUAAUGGAUGUUGUAAGUGCCACGUCACUAUUGAAAAUGUUUAGAUCGAUGAGACAGUAAAUCAAUGGAUUUUAUCCUAAAGAAAAUCUGAAAAUUCUAUCUCGUAAAAAUUGUAGUCAAUGCUCCCGAUGCUCCCUCAGUUUCUUCUUAAUAGCUAGCUGAUAGUUCAGAUAGAGAAGCGCCUUUUUACUUUGGUUUUAAUAUAGAAAACAGGGCACCCAAUCGAGUACUAUGAAAAUUAAUUUCCAUGUUGCAGUGUUGUAGCACUUUAAGUAGAUGAGCGGCGCUUCCAGUAAAAAGAAAGUUUAGAAACCCAAAAUACAUAAAAACCACUGAAGGUGGCAAAAGCACACACAAAAACCCAAGUUUCGGGUGAAUUGAAGUGCAGCGCAAGUUCAUUUCAUUGUAGCGCUGACGAUUUCAAUAGAAUUUUUGCAGUGUUGACAUUCAUGCUAUCCGAUUCAAGAUUGUGUUUUUCAUUUUAUUAAAAUGAUUAUUCACCACAUUCGAUCAAUUCUGUAGAAGUUUUUAGCGCUACACAAAAUAAAAAGUGAGCGCUACACUCAACUUAACCUGAAACUUGGGUUACAUAUUUCCUGUCAUUCGCUGAACGUUUGUAUUGCCUUCAGUGUUUACAUACUUUGUGAAAACCACCUCAUAAUUCUAA